GAGAAGGGUCAUGGCUCGAGACCGUUUCCAAAUUUCUAUUUCGUGUCCCAACAAAAACCACCACCACCACCACCUCGACUGUCAAUACGGCGUCGUAAAGAGACCUCCACACAAACAUUCUCUGUUAUCACUUCUUCACCCUCUAUCGCCACCAUCGUCUCUUCGAACCUGGAUCCAUCUCCAAAGACUCUGUUUUGUGUCUGAUAUUUCCGGCGACGAGAUGCUGCAUUUUUUACUUGAACUUCUACCGAAUUGAGCUUGUUUCAACUGAAUUUUACUGAUUCCGACUUGGUUGAACGAGCCCUAGCUUGAUUUCCCAACGGAGCAACCAAUGAUUUGAAUUUGCAUUGUUUUGGUGGAUUUGAAUCUUUUGUUAGAUUUGUUGAAGCUGAGUGGUAUAUUGCAAACAGUUAUGAGUUGUAGCUGCUUUGGUGUCUCAACUGCAGAUAGCAAAGGAAAAGGCAAUCGUGCUUCCCAAAAAAUAGAUGGGAAUUUGCUUGAGAAAACCAAACAGAUCUCCUUCAAUGAAUUAAAAAAGGCAACAGAUAAUUUUCAUCCAAGCAGUAAGAUAGGGCGAGGAGGAUUUGGAACUGUCUAUAAGGGAACACUCAAAAAUGGAAGAGAAGUUGCUGUGAAGAUGCUUUCUACUUCAUCGAAGCAGGGGUUGCGUGAAUUUUUAACUGAGAUCAAUACUAUAUCAAAUGUCAGGCACCCAAACCUUGUUGAAUUAAUCGGGUGUUGUGUUCAUGGAAAUAACAAGAUUUUGGUCUAUGAAUAUGUAGAAAAUAACAGCGUCGAUCAAGUACUAUUAGCUCUUUUUCUUCUUAUACUUGCAGGUCAUAAAAUUAUACUGGACUGGGGAAAAAGAUCUGCUAUUUGCAUGGGUACUGCUAGGGGUCUUGCAUUCCUUCACGAGGAACUUGUGCCACAUAUUGUGCACAGAGACAUCAAAGCUAGUAAUAUUCUUCUAGAAAAAGACUUUUCCCCGAAAAUUGGAGACUUUGGGUUGGCAAAACUAUUCCCAGAUGACAUCACCCACAUCAGCACAAGAAUAGCAGGAACAACUGGUUAUUUGGCGCCAGAAUAUGCAUUGGGUGGUCAAUUAACUAUGAAGGCUGAUGUGUACAGCUUUGGUGUCCUUGUACUCGAGAUCAUUAGCGGCAAAACCAGUUCACAGGCUAACUUUGGAGGAUCGCAGAAGUUUCUCCUGGAAUGGGCUUGGCAGCUUCAUAUAGAAGGGAGAUUCUUGGAGUUAGUGGAUCCAGAGUUGGUAGAGUUCCCAGAGGAAGAAGUCAUGAGGUAUGCGAAAGUAGCCUUCUUCUGCACCCAGGCUGCAGCAAGCAGGAGACCACUAAUGAGCCAGGUUGUUGACAUGCUCUCAAGGAACAUCCGGCUCAAUGAGAAGGAACUUACAGCACCAGGCUACUUCCAAACUUCAGAUGAUGGUAGCCGAAAACCUUCAUCUACUGACUCUGCUAGCUACCAAAUGAGCUCUGUUCCCGUCACCAUCACUGAAGUUACCCCUAGAUGAAGGAUGGAAUCCAUUACAUAUUUGAAAACCUCAUUAGGAGGGUGGAGUUUAUGCUUCAAUUUCCGCAAGAUGAAGUUGAAGCUACUUCCAGGACAGGACGGGAUUUGUUGCUUUAGAAGAAACCCAUUGGUUUAUAAGAACAUUUUUUUUUCUUUUAUUGUUAAGAUUUUGUUUCUUUUUUUAUAGGUAGAGUAGAAGUGAAGAAUUUAUGUUGAUGCUGUGAAUAAUGUGAUAAUGGUGAUUUACAAGGGUGCAUGCACCAUAAAAGUAGUCUCAUGGUUCCAUCUC